GAUGAGAACGAGGCUGUGGCCCAGCGGAGCMGGGAGAAGGAGUCAGAGUUCAGAGCCCUGCAGGAGACCAACAUGCAGGUGUCCCUCCUCAUGAGGGAGAAGGAGUUUGAGAGGAGCGCCGUGUCGGAGAAGGCUGCCGCCAUGGAGAAGAUGCUCAAGGACAGAGAACAGCUGCAGCAUGUGAAGGACAGAGAGCAGCGGUUGAAGUUGGAGCUGGACCGGCUACGUAACCACCUGCUGGAGAUAGAGGACACCUACACACGGGAGGUCCUGGCUGCUGAGGACAGGGAGGCGGAGCUACGCAAGAGAGUCACGCUAUUGGACGACAGACUGGCCACUUCCUCAAGUCAGGUGGAGAGCACCAGCCACCAGGCGUCUCUCCAGGUGGAGUCUCUCCAGGAGCAGCUGAGUGGAACGGUGAGGCAGAGAGACGAGGCCUUGAUCCAGCUCAGAGCAGCACAGGACCAGGUCAACCAGUACGCCGUGUCCCUGUCCAACCUSCAGAUGGUGCUAGAGCAGUUCCAGCAAGAAGAGAAAGCCAUGUAUUCGUCAGACUUGAUAAAUACAAGAGGGAGAAGGACGAGUGGAGGAGAAAAGCACUUAAGCUGGAGGACAGAGCCUCAGACUUAAGAUCAACCUAGAUGAGGCGAAUGCUGCGCUGGACUCAGCUCCAGACUCACUGACCAGCUGGACCUAAAGGAAGAAACAGCUGGAAGAGCUCAAGAAACAAGCUGAUGUGAGGCAGGAGAUGUUGAAGAGUCUCAGGACAAGUUGAUGAACCUGCUGAUAGCGCAGAGGGACAAGUGGAC